AUGGAAUCGAAGCACCUGCCUUCUGUCUUCCAAGACAAGCACCGCUUUGAAGCGUCCUUUAAAAUAUACGCCGUCAAAAUCGACAUGUUAGGUGUCUACUCUAAAUGGGUGGACAGAGUUUUUGACGAAGCGGUGGUGCGUGUGAUCCAGGCCAAACUAGACGGGAAAGAAGAGCUCCGGGUCCUGGGAGUGGGCAGCGGAGCUGGUGAGCCAGACUAUAUGAUGUUGGAGAAAGUCAUGAAGCGAUUCCCACGCAUCAUCAACCGUGUAGUUGAGCCCACUACGGUAUUCCUAGACCAGUACAGGGCAUUGGCUCAAUCCAAGGCCCACAAACUACAAGGUGUAAUGUGUGACUGGCGGCAGCAGACGAUCGAGCAAUACGAAAAGGCGGGAGAUUUGACCAAGUUUCAUUUCAUCAGUGCGGUGCAGAGCUUAUAUUACGUCGACAACCCGGAGAGCACGUUGAUGUACAUGUACGAGCGCUUAGAGCCUGGUGGGGUCAUGUUGGUAGCAAUCAUAUCAGAGGACAGCGGAUGGAUGCGCUUUUGGAAUCACUUUCCUUCUCUUCAUGACCAAUUAUUUGCCGGUGUCGAUUCCGCCAUCCUUAAAAGCUGGCUGGACCGCCGAGGCAUCCCAUACACCCGGUACAACCAGCCCACUCACUGCGACAUCACCGUUUGCUUCGACCAAUCCUCAGAAGAAGGCAGCCUGCUGCUGGAUUCCCUCACCCAAGUCUUGAAUUUCAGGAAGACGGUGCCUGAAGAUCUCCAGACGUCGGUGAUGAAUUAUCUUGCCAAUGGCAAGAAGGAUGGAGGCAGAGUAUUCAUUGAAGCUUGCUGGGAGGUUAUUGUUGUAAGCAAACCUAGGCAACCAUUCGGCCUCCUUGAGCCUCCAACGGCGACCUGGCCAGUUUUAUGGUCGCACAAGGGAGGCCCAAAGGUCGCAGACCUAUGUAAAAGGGGGUCUAAGGACGCCCAACACUCGGAUGCUGCUGAUUUUGUUUGCGGUUGA